CAAUCAGCUUGAACGAUUUAGAAACGUCGUCAGCUCUUUCGGCCAAUCGUUUUGUUUGAACAGAAGCAGUGGGAAGUUUUGUUUUUUGAGGGCUGUUAAAAGUAACGGCAGUGGCAUCCACAAAAAUGAUGGACGCAUUAUCAGUAGUCACACAGCUACGGGACUUGGCAUCAGAACCACAGAAUCGGGAGGCGAUUGUUCAGGACCAGGGAUGCCUCCCUGGAUUAGUGCUGUUUCUAGACCAUAAAGACUCCAAAGUGCUUUUUGCCACCCUUCAGACUUUGCGGUACCUGGCUGAAGCGCCCCAUAACAUCAACACCAUGAAAAAUGAGCUUGGCAUGAUGGUGAGCCUGGAGACACUGAUGGAGAGGACUGACAUGACGAUGGAUAUUACAGACCUUGCAAAAGAGGUGUAUGGAGUGUUGAGUGCUCAAACACAGAGACGGGCUUGUCAGACUCCAGAGCAACAGAAGAGGAACAACAAACCACAGUUCUUCAUCAACAGCUCAAACAAGAAAGCAAAAUCAGUGACCCUGCACAUACAAGGCUUGGAUGGGGCAGAUCAGAGAGGUGUCUGUGAAGAAGCCCUUUUGAGGGUCAAAGGUGUAAUCAGCUUCACAUUCCAGAUGGCACUGAAGAGAUGUACUGUACGCAUCCGUGCUGACCUGCCCACCGAGAGUUUGGCCACUGCUAUUGCUGCCACAAAAGGGCUUUCAGUUAAACAGGUGGUGAAAAAUGAAAAUGGAGAAGAGGUUCUCAUUCCACUCAGCACCUCUGACUCUAAGGUGGAAGAAAAUUCCCACCUGCCAGAUUACCUGCCCGAGGACGAGAGUCCAGAGAAAGAGCUCGACCGCGCAGUGUCUCGCACUGGUGCUAAACAAGAUGCCGGUGGCAGCUGGCUAAACACAGCAGCCAGUUUCCUCACUAAAACCUUCUACUGGUAAAGCUCGAGUUUCAAAGGCUUUUCCUGUCUGAGUUUGACCUCAACAUUUUUAAGAUUGGCUCAGGAGAGCAACUCGCACCACUGUCAGAGCUUAAAGCUCUAUGCAAGGUUGAGGAACUGAAAAUGUGCUUCUACAAGCAACAAAAGGUUUCGUUCAGUUUGAGCACAAUCUUCCACACAAAGCAUCAGCUUCCACCUGAUGUAUGAGAUCUCAGCCACAUCACAACUCAGUAUGGAUGGAAAACUGUAGAUGUUGAGUUCAUGUUGUACAUUUUAUAUGUUAAUGAAAACAUAUCUUUCCCCCCUCUUAGGGAUCAGAAUUUUUUUAUUUCUGCUGUCAAGUUUGUCUGUAUUUUCUGUCCACCUGAUUUCUUGUAAAUAUUUCCAUUUUGGUGUGUUAUGAGGGGGAAAGUAUCUGUCCCAAGUCUCAUCUAAUAUGGAAAGAAUUGAAAAACACAUUAAAUACAUGUUUGAUGCUGUUUUGUGUAAAAUAAAGGUUUGGAAGGAAAAGGUC